GCCGCCGCUUCCAUCCGGGCCGGUCCCAUCUGUCUACGGCAGCCGUCAGACACGCACAGACUGCCGCCGCGGCCCCUCUCCUCGCCUCCCUGCGAGCUCAACAGCCCUCCUUCUCUCGGCCUCUCCUCUAGGACCAGGAUCCCGUGCGCUGCCUUUGGACCCCUCCGGCUUCAGCUCCUUCUAAGACGUGGAGCCCAGAACGGCGCGCAGCUCUCGCGCUGAGGCCUGAGCCGUGCCGAGCAGGGGGGCACCAUCACCUCCCGUGCCCUGCACCGAACGCACCAGGCAGGAGGCAGCCCAGAGCUGCGGCGGCCUCUGUGCAGAAUUGCACUGGCAGCUCCCCGGGGCCUGGGAUGCACCGAGACCCCCAGGCCCCCUCUGCAGGGCUGCGCCCCGGCUCCCUGAGCUGCAGCGCCUUGCACCGAGCUUCAUCCCGCUGGCCCCAGCACGGCCCUCCGCCCUGCCCGGGUCCUGCUGAAAUCCUCUCCUCUCCCAUCCUCCUGCCCGGGUCUAUCGCCCCGGGGACCUAGCGUCCCGACUCCAGCAGCAAACCCGUUGAACAGCCCCAGCCCUGCACGUGCCACCAGGAAACCACGUCGAAUGCAGGGCCCAGAGCCUGCCACGCCGCCCCCAGCACCCCCAGGGCAGGGGACGGGGGGACGGCUCGGGGCCGUGCCCUUGGGCCCAGGGGACCCAGCUAUGGAGGGCACCGCGUGGGCAGCCGGGCCAGGGGCUGGUAAGGAAAUUAGCAGCCCUCGGGGCAUGUGAAUUGCUCCCCGCACACUUCCCAGCUCGGGGAGGCAGCAAUUAAGGGGCUGAGGAGUCAGAACCGACACCUUCGCAAAUGGGCCCCCGUUCCCAGGGCCUCGGCCGGGCCCUGCGGCUUCUGACACCUCGGGCAGCCCGGGGAGGGGCGGCUUCACACCUCGGCCGGCAUAAAGCCCAGGCCGGGGGCUCUCCGCACACAGCCCAGCCGCCAUGGCCAGCGCUCCGGCCUCGCUCCUGGCCCCCAGCCUCUGCCUGCCGCCGGCCCCUGCCCUGCCGCAGCUCUGGGGCUGGGCCCCGGCCGAGUCCACCUCUCCGUCCUCCUCCUCCGACUCCUUCAGCUCCCCGCCGGCGCCGGCCCGGGACCCCUUCGUCGGCCACGGGCCCAGGCGGGCGCUCUCGCUGCCGGCCGAGCCCGUGGCGGCUCCGUGCCCAGGCCGCAGGGCCCGGGCGGGCUGCGGGGAGCCGCGGCGCAGUGCCAGCGAGCGCGAGAAGCUGCGCAUGAGGACGCUGGCCCGGGCCCUGCGCACCCUGCGCCACUUCUUGCCGCCCACGCUGGCCCCGGCCGGGCAGAGCCUGACCAAGAUCGAGACGCUGCGCCUGGCCAGCCGCUACAUCGCGCACCUCUCCGCCAUGCUGGGCCCGCGCCCGCCCGCCCCGCGCCGGCGCUGCACGCUCUGCCCCGCCGGGCUCGGCUGCUCGCAGGUGCCGGGGUUGGGGGCGGCAUCGCCAGCGCUGCAGGAGCCGGCCGCCGAGCCCUGGGGCUCGCCCGAAACAGGGAGCCCGCCGGGGCCGGCCGGGUCCCAGAGCACGGGAGCAGGGGCCUGGGUCUCGCCCUCCUCGUGCUCCGAGGCGGGGACGCCCCCCGAGCCCUGCGGGGCCCAGCUGUGGGAGCCGGGGGCCUGGGUGUCACCCCCGCAUUGCCCCGAGGCCGGCGCCCCCCUGGAGCUGCCCGAGCCCCCCGCCUGGAUGCUCCCCGCCUUCUGCUCCGAGGCUGCAGCCGACCCCGAGCCCGACGGGACAGGAGCCGUGGAUACGCGGCCGUGGGGCUCCCCCCCGCUCCCUGCCUGCUGCCAGCAGCAGGUGGGUCACAUCUCCCCAGCCCGGGACAGCGCCCAGGUCCCCCACGGCUGCCCGCAGAGUGCCCAGGUCACCUACAGCCACCUCCAGAGCGCCCAAGCCUGGCCGCAGGAGUGGUGGAGCUGAGGGGAGCAGAGCGUGGGCCGCAGAGACCCGGGAUCUCCACCGCCGGGUCCCUGCUGCCCCCAGGUCCCCCUGGAAACAAAUGGCUCCUCAUUAAACCUCGUUACUGCUGCACGCCCACUGGCUGGUCAUUGCGGGGCUCUCCCGUGCGGGGCGGGGGGGACCCAGCAUGCUGCCGGUGUCCCCGGGGCCACGCUGGGACAGCUGGGGCACAGAGCCACAGGCAGGGCAGCUGGGCCGGGUGCCCCUCCGGAUCCGACCCUGCUUUUUCAGGGCUUCCCCCACAGAGGAAGGAGCUUGGGCGUGUCCUUCCCUG